GAUGCUCGUUGAACAUUCUGCACUAUGGAGAUGUGUACCUGAUACCUUGCAGGCUUUGCCUGCUUAUUGCUUGGACUGUCUGUGACUGAAAACCAGAGAAAGACAGCUGGCAACUGAGUUAUUGACAAUGCAGCCAUUGGAAUCAAUGAUGUUUGAAGAUGUAGCUAUAGACUUCACCCAGGAAGAGUGGGCCCUGCUGGACACAUUCCAGAGAAAGCUGUUCAGAGAUGUGAUGCUGGAAACUAUCAGUCAUCUGGUCUCUCUGGGGUAUCAGCAUUGCAAAUCAGCUGUGAUUUUCCAGUUGGAGCAAGGAGAAGAACUGUGGCAUGAAGGAACUGGAUUUCUCCAAAGCCAGAGUCUAGGCAGGCAAAGUACUAUUAAAAAACAAGAAAUGAUAACCACACAAUAUAUCAGCAGGAAGGACACAUUUACAAUCAUGCCAAUGCAGAAAUCUCAUACUCCAGAGGAUCCUGAUGAAAAUAAUGAUUUGGGAGGAGAUUUCACUCAUAGUUCCACAGUGACUCAACAUUUGUUAACUCACAUGGAAAUGAAACCCUACAUCAGCAAACAGUGUCAAAAAUCCCUUAGUGACCAGUCAUACCUUAACCAACAUAAGCAAAUUUACACUAGAUGUAGAUCAUAUGAGUGCCAUCUGUGUGGGAAAACCUUUAGUGAUUGCUCUUGCCUUAGACGACAUGAGAUGACUCACACUGGAGAGAGCUACAAAUGCCAUAUCUGUGGGAAUGCCUUUAGUCAGAGUUCUGACCUUAGAAAACACAGUCUAACUCACACUGGAGAGAAACCAUAUGAAUGUCAUCUAUGUGGGAAAGCCUUCAGUAAAUGUUCUGUCCUUAGACAACAUGAGAGAACUCAUACUGGAGAGAAACCUUAUGGAUGUCAUCUGUGUGGGAAAGACUUCAGUCAGUGUUCUGCCCUUAGAUGCCAUGAGGGAACCCACAAUGGAGAGAAAAUUAUGAAUGCCUUCAGUAAAUAUUCUGACGUUAGAUGA